UCCAAGACAGCCUUUCAGACAAUCCAAUGGCAGACCAAAGGAUGGAUAUAUCUUCUACAAUUAGUGACUUUAUGUCACCAGACCCUGCUGACUUGAUCUCCAGUUCCCUUAGCACUUCAGGAAUGGAUUGCAAUAGGAAAAGAAAGGGAAGCUCUACUGAUUAUCAACUUGAUGGCUUUCCUUUUGAGGAAGGUAUGGAUACAGAUAAAGAUGACCAACAUGGAAGAUUGGAGUAUACAGACCAACAAGGCAGAAUAAAAAAUGCAAGGGAGGCUCACAGUCAAAUUGAGAAGAGGCGCAGAGAUAAAAUGAACAGCUUUAUAGACGAGCUGGCAUCUUUGGUCCCAACCUGCAACGCCAUGUCUCGAAAGCUAGAUAAACUCACUGUGCUGAGAAUGGCUGUCCAGCAUAUGAAAACGUUACGUGGUGCUACAAACCCAUAUACAGAAGCAAACUAUAAGCCUGCUUUUCUAUCAGAUGAUGAAUUGAAACAUCUUAUUCUCAGGGCAGCAGAUGGAUUUCUUUUUGUUGUAGGCUGUGACAGAGGGAAGAUACUGUUUGUUUCAGAAUCUGUCUUCAAGAUCCUCAAUUAUAGUCAGAAUGAUUUGAUUGGUCAAAGUUUAUUUGAUUAUCUUCAUCCUAAAGACAUCGCAAAAGUGAAGGAGCAGCUCUCUUCUUCUGACACCGCACCGCGAGAGAGGCUUAUAGAUGCCAAAACUGGACUCCCAGUUAAAACUGAUAUAACACCUGGGCCAUCACGACUGUGUUCUGGAGCAAGGCGGUCCUUCUUUUGUAGGAUGAAGUGCAAUAGACCUUCAGUGAAAGUAGAAGACAAGGACUUUCCUUCAACCUGUUCAAAGAAGAAAGCAGACCGCAAAAGCUUUUGCACUAUUCAUAGUACAGGAUAUUUAAAAAGCUGGCCACCAACAAAAAUGGGACUUGAUGAAGAUAACGAGCCUGAUAACGAGGGUUGUAAUUUAAGCUGUCUUGUUGCAAUUGGGCGGCUGCAUCCUCAUGUAGUACCACAGCCAGUCAAUGGUGAGAUCAGGGUGAAACCUACAGAAUAUGUUUCUCGACAUGCAAUAGAUGGGAAAUUUGUUUUUGUAGAUCAGAGGGCAACAGCUAUUCUGGCAUACUUACCCCAGGAACUUCUAGGUACUUCAUGUUACGAAUAUUUUCAUCAAGAUGAUAUCGGACAUCUUGCAGAAUGCCAUAGACAAGUUUUGCAGACAAGAGAAAAAAUUACAACUAACUGCUACAAGUUUAAAAUAAAAGAUGGCUCUUUUAUUACGUUGAGGAGUCGCUGGUUCAGUUUCAUGAACCCUUGGACCAAAGAAGUAGAAUACAUUGUCUCAACAAAUACCAUCGUUUCCACCAACGUACUUGAUAGUGGAGACGCAGCCUUUCCCCAGCUUGCAGCUUCGCCACACAGCAUGGACAGUGUGCUUCAGGCUGGAGAAGGUGGCCCAAAAAGGACCCAUCCUACUGUGCCUGGAAUUCCAGGUGGAACAAGAGCUGGAGCAGGUAAAAUAGGGAGGAUGAUUGCUGAAGAAAUCAUGGAGAUUCACAGGAUAAGAGGAUCAUCACCUUCCAGCUGUGGUUCAAGUCCACUGAACAUUACCAGCACACCACCACCUGACACAUCCUCCCCAGGAGGCAAGAAGAUCCUGAAUGGUGGUACUCCAGACAUUUCUUCAGCUGGGUUACUGUCUGGGCAAAUCCAAGAUAACUCUGGUUACCCAUAUUCUGACAACUCCUCUAUUCUUGGGGAGAACUCUCACAUAGGCAUUGAUAUGAUUGAUAACGAUCAAGGAUCAAGCAGUCCCAGCAAUGAUGAAGCAGCCAUGGCAGUAAUAAUGAGCCUUCUUGAAGCAGAUGCAGGUCUUGGUGGCCCUGUGGACUUCAGUGAUUUGCCAUGGCCCUUGUAAAUGAUGCAGCUGGCUUCAACAUCCAAAUAUCAAAGUGCAUUUACUGGUGGAGUUCUACAGUCUGUGAAACCUGUUGGACUGAGAAGCUUUUAUGUAUGAAUUUCAUAAAAGCUGUAUCAGAAUGCAACUCAUCCUACCAUGUGUAACUUCAGACAAAGUGGAAUAACCUGCUACAGUGUUCUGUGUUGAUUUGGUUAGCUGUGUAUAGCUUGCAAUACUUGUAUAUUUUGGAUUCUGUUGUUUGAGAUUUUUUUUUUAAAUCACUGUGCAACUCACUGGCAUCAGUGGUAGCUUUUAUAUGCAAAUGACCAUUUCAGAUGUAUGGUGUGUUUUUACACUGCAAAACAGUCCCCAUGUGGAUAUUUCUUAUA